AUGGGAGCAUGUUCUUCUAGUAAACCAAUUACCAAAUAGUCAAAUUAAGCCAGUAAUAGACAAAUGUAAGAGGAUCCUUCUGUAGUUAAUAAUAAUGUAGAUGAACCCAUAUAGGUUGUGAUUCAAAAUUCAAAAUAAGAAGAUUUAAAUCAAGAGAAUCAGGAUUAAGAUAAUCUAUAUCAAGACAAUCCUCAAUCAGAUAUAGAUCAUUUAGAGAUCAACGAGGAAGACAAUCACAAAUUCGUGGAUGAAGAAUUGUUAUUAGACAACACUGAUGAUACAAUUCAAAAGCCUGCAGACACUGUCAAUUUCAUUAACACUGGAUAAACUCUCAUGUAACAUAGAAACCAAAGUGAUGUCAAGGUCUUGCAAAAGUUGACAAAGAAAACAUGUUAUUGUCUUGAUAUACCAAAUUUUUUUACUUUAAUUUAUGGAUAAUUUAAUUAUUUAUGUAAUAAUAAACAAUCUAAGAUAUUGAAACAUAAGCCCAAUUAGUUAUUGGAGAGCGUUUAUUAGAGAAAAUCUGAAUCGAUUACCUCUUACAGUAAAACUGAAAAGACAAGAAGAAGUAAUAAUAAAUAAUCCCUUAUUUAAAUAAGGCAUUAGAUUUAGGAUUUGCAUCUGUAGGGUUUCCAGAUGAAAGCAUGGAUUGUGAAGCUGUCUAUGAAGUAAGAGAUUUUAUUAACAUAGAUUCUGCAACCUGGAUUUAUCUUUGAAGUAAUCGUAAGUAAAAAAAACACAGUCAAAGGGAAGCUAGAUGUAAUUUUACAAAAGUUUCUUGCCUUCAGUGACAAAUGUCUCACAUCCCAACAUCAAGUGAGAUAAGCUGAUUUCUAAUAAUUCAAAAAAUAAAAGCAUUUGCUCUCACAACUAAGUCAAAUAAAUGUCAUGAGAAUGAAGGGAGUCAUUUAUGAAUAAGAUGUGAUCGAGGACUUCUCCAUUUUCACCUACUAUAUAAACUUUGAGAAAAUUCAAGUAGGCGAUCAUUUGAACGCUGUUCUCAUCGAUAAAACAAAAAUGAUAAUGUCAUUAAAAAAUAAAAGCAUCAUGGGAGGCAAAUAAUGGAGUUUGAAAAGUCUCCAAAAUCCCUCUCAUUUUGAUAAUUGGCUAUAUUUUAGACUUGGCUAUGCGAAAUAAAUUGGAGUCAAUUUCCAAUAUUAAAUUAUGAAUGAAGAAGAGAGACAGAAGACGCAGGAGUCAAUCUAUGGCAAUCUCAAAUUCAAACAAGAAACUGGAAUCUUGAAAAUGGAUUAUCAGAUCGAACAGGAUGGAUUCUUUCCGAAUAAGCAAAACUAUCCAUUCAUGAUGCAAUCCCUAGGGUUAUCUCAGAAUACAUCAUUCACAAGCAGAAACAACCUAAAAACAUUCAUGAAGAUCAAUUUAGAUCACAGAAGGCACUUUCAAGUUUGUCUGUCUAGCCAGAUAUCCAAUAGAUCUAUGUACGCAAAUAGAAGAGUCAAAGCAAUAAUUGAAAAAUAAUAAAAUAAGAAACAUAUUAUUAAUAUUCAUAAUUUCUUAGUCUAUUCAUUUUAUUCAAUUGUAUUUAAAUUAAAUAUAUAUUUAAUUAAUUUAUUAUGCUUCCUAAGUUUUAAAACUCAUUUGCUCUAGACAAGAAUCUAUAAACCCUCAUUGAAUCAUUCAAUCAAUCUCAAAAAAACCCAGGAGCAAUUCCCAGAAAUCGAAUACAAGGUAAUUAUCCCUACCUUCCUGGUGGUAUUAGAUCUGCAACCGGACCUUAGGUAUUAAGAGAAAGUACAAUUUACAUUGCAAUCUAACCCUGCUGUCAAUACAAUCUUCCUAAACGAUCAAUAAGACAUCUUAUUAAAAUUCUAACUCGGAAUUAGAAUUUUGCAAAUCCUCACUCUAGAUAAACCAGUUAGGGAUUAAAAAGAUGAGGAGUAAAAUGUUAAUCACUUUUUACCAUCGACCUAUCCCUAUCAAUAAUAGUCCAAACUAAAAAUUGAAAUUAAAUUGGAAGAUACAGAUGAAAUUGAAGUCAAUGGAAAUGAUAAUAUCGUAACCAUCUUAACUAGAGCCUAAAUCAAACAAACUAAGAAUGAUUAAAUUAAAAAGUAGAUCUAAUGUUUACAUUAAGAUAUUGCAAGUAAAAAUGAAGCUCAAAUUGUUUAAAUUUAAAUGAAAUUCUAAAGAGAAUGGUACUUGAAAUCAGGAAAUAGUUUCCUUGCUGCCAAAAAGGUGCUCUAAGAUUAUUUCAAAUCUCUAUCAAUUCCUAAAACCAAAUUCACAGCCUUUGAUAUUUAAGCACCACCACCAGAAUAGUAAGUCCAACCAGAAAUAGCUAAAAAACAACCUAUCAAACCAGAUGUUAGUAAAGAACCAGAAAAAGAAUAGGAAGAAGAAGAAGUACCUCCUGAUGUCUCUGGAAAAGAUCUUUAAAAUUUAUUUCCCUUGGUAAGUGAGGAUUUUGUAUAGAGAUAGAGAGAGGCAAUAGACAAAAGUAAUAAAUUCGAUUUAAACUUAGAGAAUUCCACUCCUGAAGAGAAGAUUAAGCGUUUAUUCGAAGAAGUUCGCAUUAAACAAUUCAAAUCGCAACCUUAUAGUGCUGAUAAGAACUUUUUCAAGUGUCCUUAUCAUAGGUGUUAGAAAGGUUAUAAGCGACCUAAUUAAUUGAAGAAUCACAUGAAAUAGAAUCAUCAAAAGUUAUCAGAAAUAGGAUUCACGAUUGACGACAACGGAGAAUUUAAAUACAAUGAUAGAAUUUUAGAUUAUUGUUUACUUUUGUGGAAAGUUUAUCCAAAUUUUGUUAAAUCAGUUAUCAAUGAAAUGAGAUAGAGAAAAGAAUAGCCAAGUGCAUGA